AUGGAGCCAAAUGAGUCCACCAACAGCGACAAGCAGCAAGUCAAUGACAAUAUUGCAGAAACGACUACGAAAAAGGCGGAUAUCGCAAUCACCUCUCCGGACAAGGAACUCGAAUACAUCACCGGGAUGCGCCUUUUCCUCGUAAUGUUCACCAUAUUCGCCAGCACGAUUCUCGCGGCAAUCGAAAUAGGGAUAAUAUCUACUGCAAUCCCCGGAAUCACAGACGACUUUCACCGUCUAGAUGAUGUCGGAUGGUACGGUAGUAGCACCUUUAUUCUUGCAGGCUCAACGGCUUCAUUGUGGGGAAAACUAUACAAGUACCUCAAUAUCAAGUAUGUCUACAUGACCUCCGUCGUGUUGUACCUUGUCGGCAGCAUUGUGGCCGCAGCCGCUCCGAAUAGCGCCGCAGUUAUCGUUGGCCGAGCAUGGCAAGGUUGGGGCGCUGCAGGGACCCUGGGCGGCUCCGUCCUCGUCAUCAACUACGUCGCCGAGCCGAGACAUCACCCUGCCCUCAUAGGCUUGUGGAUGGCUGUGUUCAUGGUAGCGACCAUUUUUGGGCCCUUGAUUGGGGGCGCCUUUACCAGUGGAGUUUCGUGGAGAUGGUGCUUCUGGAUCAAUCUACCCCUCGGUUGCCCAAUUAUUGUUCUGCUAUUUCUAUUCCUUCGAAUCCCGAAACGUGUCCAGCCCAUACCAGCGACAUGGAAAGAAAUCCUACGGCAGCUUGACCUGCCAGGGUUUGCUAUCUUGCUCACUUCCUUGGUCUGCUUUACUUUGGCUUUGCAAUGGGGCGGCCAAACCAAGAGCUGGAAUGAUGGGUCUGUGAUUGCCACUCUGGUUUUGGCGGUCUGCCUCACAAUCGCCUUCUUCAUAACCGAAUGGCUUCAAGCCGACCACGCCAUGCUUCCAUUAGGUCUACUGAUGCCGCGCACCACUUGGACGAACGCCUUGUUUUGCUACAUCUCCAACGCAGCUGACUUCCAAGUAAUGUUUUACCUACCUAUUUACUUCCAGUCAAUCUUUGGACAGUCAGCAAUCAUGAGUGGCGUGAAUACUCUCCCAUUCUUAGCAUUCUUUGCGGCUGGAGCACUGGCCAGCGGAGUUCUUAUAGGCAAGACAGGACAUACCCAGCCCUUUCAGCUGGUGUCCGCUCUGCUCAUGGUGGCUGGCACGGCACUAUUCUACACCCUGGACGUCGCAUCGACCAAGGGACGAUACGUUGGCCCGCAAAUUCUCUUUGGAUUCGGAUUUGGACUCAGCAGCCAGGUUCCAAUGACGGCAGUGCAGGGGUUCUCACGGCCCGAAGACGUGGCAGCCUCGACGGGAAUCAUCAUCAUGUGCCAAGCUAUUAGCGGUGCCUAUUUCGUGGCCGUGGCGCAAUCGCUUUUUGCAAACCGCAUGGUGGCUGCCCUUACAAAUGUUGACGCUGCUGAGGUGUUACGCACUGGAGCAGCAGAGAUUCAGAGUGUCUUUGAAGGAAACGAAUUGAUUGCUGUUCGAAACGCGUACAUGACGGGUAUCAAGGCUGUUUUUGCAUUUGCGCUGGCAAGCAGCGUACUUGCUGUUUUAAUUGCUGCACUUAUUCCCUUGCGACGGCUACCGAGCCAUGGAAACAAGACCGACAAUAGCAAUGUCCGAUCCGAAGGCAAACCAUGA